AUGGCCACCGGCAAGCUCGCUACAAAAUACUCGUCGUGGCAGAAGCUCGACGAGCUCUACGAGGCCAAGCGUCCGAAGCUCGUGCUCAAGGACCUCUUCGCUGCCGACCCGGAGCGCUUUGCCAAGCACUCGCUGCAGUUCAAGUCGGACAACCCGAAUGUCGACAUCCUCCUCGACUACUCCAAGAAUCUCGUCGAUGAUGAGGUUCUGAAGGCCCUCUUCGCCCUCGCCCGCGAAGCCGAUGUCGAAAAGUACCGCGACGAGAUGUACGCCGGCCAGCACAUCAACACGUCCGAGGACCGCGCAGUGCUUCACAUUGCCCUCAGGAACCCACCUGCCAGCCAGGGUGGAUACACGUUCAAGGAGGAGGGCGCAAACGAUGGUGUUCAUGAAGUGCUCCACCACAUGCAGCAGUUCACCGAGCAGAUUCGUUCCGGCGAGUGGAAGGGAUACACUGGAAAGCCCAUCAAUACCGUCGUCAACAUUGGCAUUGGUGGCUCUGACCUUGGCCCCGUCAUGGUAUCCGAAGCUCUCAAGUUCUACAGCAAGCGCGACAUCGCCAUGCACUUCGUCUCCAACAUUGACGGCACGGAUAUGGCUGAGACCCUCAGGGUCUGCGACCCCGAGACGACUCUGUUCAUUGUGGCUUCCAAGACGUUCACCACUCAGGAGACUAUCACCAACGCCGAGACCGCAAAGGAGUGGUUCUUGAAGUCGGCCAAGGACAAGGCCGCUGUCGCCAAGCACUUCGUCGCUCUUUCCACCAACACUGCUGCUGUGACGGCCUUCGGCAUCGAUGAGGCCAACAUGUUCCAGUUCUGGGAUUGGGUCGGUGGUCGCUACUCCCUCUGGUCGGCCAUCGGACUCUCGAUUUGCAUCAGCAUCGGAUACAACAACUUCCACGAGCUUCUCAGCGGUGCGCACGCCAUGGACGAGCACUUUAAGAACACCAAGCUGGAGGAGAAUCUGCCCGUCAUCCUGGCGCUCAUCGGCGUCUGGUACAACGACUUCUACAGUGCCGAGACGCAGGCGCUGCUGCCCUAUGACCAGUACCUGCAUAAGUUCGCAGACUACUUCCAGCAGGGUGACAUGGAGUCCAACGGCAAGUCGGUGACCAAGGACGGCUCACGCGUGAACUACCAGACGGGACCCAUCAUCUGGGGCCAAAGCGGAACCAACGGGCAGCAUGCUUUCUACCAGUUGAUCCACCAGGGAACCAAGCUCAUUCCUUGGGCUCUUGCGUUUGGCAAGACCGAGGAGCAGGUCAUCAAGGAGCUCGGCCCGAAGGCCUCGCAGAACAGUGCUCUCGUGAAGUCCAAGAUUUUCGAGGGCAACCGCCCCACCAACUCGAUCAUGUUCCAGAAACUCACCCCGGGGACCCUCGGAGCUCUUAUCGCCAUGUAUGAGCACAAGAUUCAUGUCCAGGGCGCGAUCUGGGGCAUCAACUCCUACGACCAGAUGGGCGUUGAGUUGGGCAAGGCCAUUCUGAAGCAGCUCCCCAAUGAAAAGGAUGUCACUGGACACGACAGCUCCACUCACCGCAAGUAA